AUGGUACACGGCGAUCAGCGUCGCACAGACGACGACGGCGACGACGCUGCGACGCCGCUGUGGCUGCUGGAGGUGUCGCCGGACCACGAGAGCAGUCGCAGCACGCUUAGCGUCGCCCUAGCUGACGUGGACAGAUUCCAGCGAGCCAAUGACGGCGAGACACCUGUCAUCGUGCUCGUCUCCGUCGUUAUCGAGUCAGGAUCCAAACCCGCGACACCGCGCAAGGAGCGGGCGCGGCAUGGCGCCACGGAGGACCUGAUUCUGCGCAGCGUCGUGCGGCCGAUGCAGGCCAUCGCGGAGAACAGAAAGGUGGCAGCAGAGGCACACAUGGAGCGCAGUGAGAGCAGGGAAGCGGGCCUGUGUGCGGCUGUGGUGCACCUGCAGGCACAGCGGCUGUACAUCGGUGUCAAGAGGAAGCUUCUGUGGGGCGGCGAUUCAUCGGUGGUGCACUACUGGAAUGGCAGUGGUGGUGCUGGUGCUGCUGGUGCUGGUGGUAGUGGUGGGAGUGGCAGUGGUGGUGGUGGUGGCAGUGGGGGUAUGAGGCGUGUAUUCCAGAGGAGAACACGCAAGCAGAGCAGCAGCUUUUCUGAGUCUGAAGAUGAAACCCCACUCGUCCGAACCAGCACCGGAGGCUCGGAGACGCACCGCACACCGUACCACCUCAACAUCCUAGGUCCGGCAAAGCGGGCAGCUUCGGUGUCAGGCUCGGCAACCGGACCAGCCGAAGAUCCAGAUGACCCGAUCCAUGCCAGGGGCGCCAAGCCUCCUCCCAGGCCUCCCCGAGGCUCGGGACGAGGUUCGGAAAUGGAGGACGGGGAGUAUGACGGGGAGGAUGGGGAGCAGACCCCUCCCAGGCCUGUCUUGCGCUCCCGAACCUCCCCUUCCGGACGGUCCUGGGGGGCAGGCGAGAUGGAUGGAGCGACAGCAGCAGCAACAGGUGCAGCGGCAGCAGGCAGACACCCCAACUUUGGUGGCAGCGGUGGCAGCUACAGCAGCGGUAUGCCUUCACCCUCAGCUGUCUCGUCUGGGCGGGUUAUGUCUCGCACGCUCAGCCGGGAACGCAGGCAGCACCAGGCAGCAGCGGGAGCAGCAGCAGGGGGAGGAUCGGGAGGAGGAGCAGGGCUAGGUUCGUCUAGCAGUGCUGCUGCCGCCAUCUCUACCACGUCUGCUACCACUCUCCCUCCCGCCUCCCUCCCCUUUCACUUCUCUCCCAAGCUUCUCAUCCCCUCGCCCUUCGUGUCCGGUUCCGGUGCGCUUAUUACGGAGGGUGAUAAUAACAAUGGUGAUUAUAACGAAGAGCCCAGGCCUGGCACUCCUAGGGGAGAGACGGAAAAAGAGGCUCGGUUGCUCGGGGCGUCUAGGUUCGGCCCGAGCCAGGGGAUGGAGGUUCGGCAGGGGGAGAGGGGCCGGCACAGCAGGGGAAUGUCUUGGGCUGGUCCUGACGUAAUGGGGGGAGGGGGAGGGAGUGGGGGGUUCAGACUGUCACCUGCUGAGGGGGAUGGUGGGGGGGUGGGUGCAUGUGAUGGUGCGGGUGGGGCUGACGGUGGUGGGGGUUAUAAUGGUGGGCAGUGGCGUUACACCUCCCAUCUCGCUUCCCCUACUUCUGCCGGCCUCCCUCCCAUCCCCUCGCCCUCCUCCUCCUCCUCCACCCGCCCCAACAUAGAAGAGCAGGUAGUGGCACUGGCAGGGCAGUGGGAGGUCCUGGCACAGAUGGGGGGGGCGAGGCAGGGGGGAGAAGGGGCAGGGGGAACAGCAGGGGGAGCAGCAGGGGGAGCAGCUGGGGGAGCAGCAGCUGGGGGAGCAGGUACUGCUGGGGGAGGUGGGACUGUUAGACCGGCUCAGGCGACUGAUAUGUCAUCCCGCCCCCGCCGCACUGUGCCGAAACAUUUCCGGGCAGGUAGCUGGGAUCCGGGCAGGUCGGGCCUUAGUGAGGACUCGUUUUUAGAAAGUGUGAGAGGAGGGGCGGCAGGGGCAGGGAAAGGGGCAGGCGGAAAAGGGGGAGGGGGAAGCGGAGGGGGAGGAGGAAGCAGGACUCCCCCUUUGCCCCCAGAAGGGGCAGCAGGCGGAGGGAAAGGAGGAGGAAGCUUCCGAAAGGGAAUGCUGCGAAGGAAGGGGAGCGGGCAGUGGGGGGAGGGGCUUGGCGGGUGGAUCGGGGGAGGGGGAGGGGGAGGAGGGGUGGGAGCGGGGGCAGGGAGAAGAGGCGGAGGCGACGGGAGAGUGGGGGCGGACAGGGUUGAUGGGGAUGGGGUGAGAGAUUAUGAGGAAGAGGAAAGCAGCAUGGAGGGAGGAGCGCCCUUGCGCCGUGCUCUCUCCUCCACCGCCCCUAGCCUCUCCUCCUACCCCAUGGAUGCCCAUGCAGGAAUCGCUUCAGGGUUGCUCGCAGACUUCCCCACCACUGGCUCGCCGGACCUGCCAGGCUCGGCGCCCGUACGUCGCGGUGCUGGUGAGGCUCGGCACAGGCUGCCCAAGAUGCCGUCCAGUAAUGGCCGGCUCGGCGAAGAGGGCCGGCCGGGCCUGCUGGAGGUUGGGCGGGGAGGAGGGGGGUUGGUUCGGGAUUGGAUCCAGGGGGAGGGUGCAGCAGCAGGGCAGAGAGGCGAGACGGAGGCAGGGAGAGAGAGAGAGGGUACAUGUGGACGAGGGGGAGAAGGGGGAGGAGGGGGAGGAGGGGAAGCGGAAGAGGGGAGUGUGAGUGGGAGCAGCAGCAGGAGUGGGUUGGAUAUGGAUAUGCUGAUGGGGGAGUUGCAGCAGCUGAGACAAGAGGCCCUCGCGAAGCAAGUAGCGGCCCAAGCUCAGUUCUGCAAGGUGCUGUGCUGUGCUGUGCGCCGAGGGGGUGGGGGUGCAGGGCGAGGGUAUGAUGCAGAGGUUUGGGAGGAUGGGGAGGAUGAAGAGGAGGGGGAGGAUGGAGGAGAGAGGGGCAGCGGCGGGCAGGCUGCUGGGUCUACCGCUACUGUGGGCAACCAUCCUGUUGCAGAUGACAAUGGCGACGCAGGCAGCGCCUCCUCCACCUCCUCCUUUGACUCCACUGAGUUUGUGCGCAAGGUCACGGAGCGCGCCCGUCUUGCUGCCUCUGCAUCUGCCAACGCUGCCACUGCUGCUGCCGCUGGUGCUUGCAGCGCAGUAGACGGGCACCACACCCCCACAGACCUCUCCCCCAACAUCACCUCCUCCUCCUCCCUCCAUCCCCCUCCCAGCCACCACUCCUCCUCCCUCCACGCGCCUUCUCUCUCCGACUCUCUCGACCCCUCCUCCCACGCCUCCUCCUCCGCAGAUUGUCGCCGCUUCUCCCUCCCCCAACUCCUCGAAUGCACCGACGGCUUUUCCGACGGCAACCUUCUGGGAAGGGGCGCGUACGGGCCGGUAUUCCGCGGCCAGCUGUUCGGGUGCCUAGUAGCGAUAAAAAAGCUGGAACAAGGCAGCGAUCAAGGUCCGGCGGAGUUCCGAACCGAAGUGGAGGUUCUGAGCAAGGUUCGGCACCCACACAUUGUGCUCUUAAUGGGUCACUGCCCGGAAGAAGCUUGUAUCGUGUACGAAUUCCUCCAGGGGGGGAAUCUACAGGAGCGGAUCGUCCGGGCGGGGGACAACCCUCCGCCGCCCCUACCCUGGCACGAUCGAAUCAGAAUCAUAUCGGAGAUCUCCGGCGCGCUGCUCUACAUGCACCGGCACGACCCGCCGAUUCUCCACCGAGACUUAAAGCCCGACAACAUUCUCCUAGACGCCAACUCCAUCUCGAAAAUCGCCGACGUGGGCCUCGCUCGGCUGAUCCCCAACGAGGUCUCGGCAGUUACCUGGAAGGUGCGGGGCACGGCCGGGUACAUAGACCCAGAGGAGCUUCAGACCGGGGAGCUGUCGGUGAAAUCGGAUAUCUACGCGUUUGGUCUGAUAGCGCUGCAGCUGCUCACGGGUUUAAAGAAUGUGAAGCUGGUGCACGGGUUGCUGGCGGCGUGCGGCACGGGCGCGAGAAACACGGAGGAGGCGACAGAUUUGAUUGUGAGGAGCUUGGAUCGGUCGGCCGGGAAGUGGCCGGAGAGGCUUGUGAGGCGGGCGACGAGGGUGCUGGUGCGGUGCAUUGAGAGGCGGAGGGUGAAUAGGCCGGAUCUGGGAGGGGAGAUUCAUCCGCUGCUGGGGGAGAUUGCAGAGGAGGCGAUGGAGGAGAAGAAUCGGCGGGCCAAGGAGCUCGACGGGCGGUUUGUCUGCCCGCUGUCGCAUGAGCGCAUGCGGGAUCCAGUGGUGGCAGCAGACGGGCACACGUACGAGAGAGAGUACAUCGAGACUUGGCUCGCCAGCAGCGGGGUCUCGCCUGUCACCGGACAGCCACUGCCCCACCGCGCCCUCACUCCCAACUUCAUCCUCGCCUCGCUCAUGGACUCCAUGUGA